GGAGAGUCAGGCUUGCUCUCUCUCUCUGUUGCCACUCCGCCUCAGGAUUACCACGGGGGAGGAAGGAAUCGCGUUGUGUCUUAUAGUUAGUGUUGACAAGUGACCGAUUCUGGCGUUUCCGUACUUCGACAUGGUGACAGUGAGGACAGGAUUGACUUCUUGUAUGGGGAUCGCUAUUGUGGUCAAGACAGAGGCGACCUUACUAGUGGCUAUAGAGGAACCGCGUGGUGAGGCUGCCCAAGUGAGAGGUGUGGGUGAAGAACUGUCUGGCCUCCAAGAGAUGUGGCGACUCUUCAACAAGCUGCCUGGAUGGAGACACGCCUUGCAGACACAGCAGAAGAAAGGAGAUGACAUCCUGGAGUCCUUCAGAAGGAGGGUAGACAUGAGGCGGCCAGCUGUCACCCGUCAAGUGCUGUUUGUUACAUUCUGUUGGGGGAGUAAAUCAACUGAAGAAUAUUUGCCAACUUGA